AUGUAUGCCUGUUCUAUUGGACCGAAGGGAGUGGCGGCAGAAAGUGCCUCAAACGCAUCUAUAGAGGCUAGAAGGUUUUGCCGUUUUGGUCCAAACUGUGAAUUCGCCCGCAAAGGGCAAUGCUUCUUCGUUCAUUCGCCUCAAGAGUUGAAGUACCGUCCCCCCAAGCCAAUUGGAUAUCCGGUGAGAUCUCGCGGUUCCUCAAAUUAUGAUGAUUACGACGACUUCUACUAUGGUGAAAGUACCGAAAAUGAUUAUUACUAUGGGAAUAGCCAAUAUGAGGGACACGAAGUGUCUGAUUAUGAUCGUAGUGGAAUUUGUGAAUCUGAAAGGGUGAAGAAGUCGACUAAUUCUACGGAGCCAGCACUCAUCGCGAUGGAAUUAGCUGUUCAAAUUCGAGACUUCGCCACGACUCCUGAACAUCUGCAGCUUUUGAUGCAAGCAAUGACCGUAUUAGCCGCUAGUGAGAGGGCGGACAAUAACGGAGGUGGCGUCGUUAAUGCAGCUCUCACAUUGUCAAAGUCUUUGGGACCAACACAAGAUACCUCGGCAUCUAAUAAGACAAAUACUGAUCUUGAAUCGAACUCUCGUCUGCAUACUACCUUCUCGCUGCAUGUCGAUAAUCACUCACCUCUUCCUGAUGAUGUGAAGACUAACUUUAAGACCGCGCAUGAGGAGGCGGGCGGCUCUGCCGAAACCGACCUUCCUGAUGGAUCUUGUGCUCAACAAUGAUGCGAUGAUCUUUAUGAAUUUAAGAUGGACGAUCUGUGGACAAUAUUGAAGUGAUAUGACACAUGCGAGACUGGAAGCUUUUUUCGUUUUUCUUCUCUUUUUUUGGUGUGCACCAUUGAUUGUGUUCGUUGUUUGCCCUCUCAUCGCUCUAAUCGUUGUCCUUAUCAUUGAUGUGAUACAAUCCUCUGGGUUGUCAUGGAUGUUCGAUGAGUAUAGCUUACCUCGUGCGGUCAGUUAUUAUCAGCGCAUUUUCAGUAACACAGAGAAUGGACGUCUCAGUGGCGUCGGGCGGUGG